GGCAAAUUCUUGCCCUCCACCUAGGCCCUUGAUUUGGUGGGGACAAUAAUGGAUGGCAUGCUUUCUGCCAGCCCCAUGUGUGCCACAGCAGCAGGCCACUGGUUCUGUGCAGUCCUGAGGGAGAAUGGAGAUGCCCUUCUGAAUGAGGUGCCAGACAUCCUGUCCACUAUCUUUAUACGGAUGCCAACAAUGCAGGAGAGGUCCAUGCGAGGCUUCCUGUUAGAAGGCGUUGGCAUUCUUGCCAUGUUUCACCUAGAGGCAGUGAUCACCAGCCUCCUUGCCAAGCCUCUGCCAAUGGACAGUUGCAGUGACACCUCUGAGCUCUGGAGGGCCUUGGGGAGGGAUGAUGUCUCCACCCUCCAUAUACUCCGUUUGCUUCUGGAGAAGAUCCAAUAUCCAGCUGGCACAGAGGGUAGCCCAUCUGAGGGCACUGCAGCCCUGGGACCUCUCGCAGUGUCCUGUCCCAAGCGCAGCUACUCCAGUCUGGCCCAGGGGUGGUAAAGCCUGGAGAGACCCUCACCCUGACCUGCACCAUCUCUGGAGAAUCCAUCGCUACAAGCAGCAGAUGGUGGCAUUGGAUCCGGCAACCUCAAGCAUCAGGGCUGGAGUGGAUGGGGUAUAUUAACUACAGUGGCGGCACCAUCUACAGCUCAGCCCUACAGAGCCGAAUUUCCAUCUCCAGAGACACCUCCAAGAACCAGGUCUCCCUGCAGCUGCACUCCAUGACGGUCGCAGAGACCGCCAUGUAUUAUUUUAUCAGGGACAUCACACAGUGACUCAGAGCAGGGCAGGGGCUGUGCAAAAAGGGGAAGUGGAGUCUGUACAGCAAAUCACACCAGCUUCCAACUGACAGCCAAGUCCCUUCACAAACACAUCCCACUGAAGACUCCCCUGUUUCUGUGCAAGCAUUGCCACCUGAGCUCCUCACCGGGAACCUUUUACUCAAAUAGGCAUGCUAAAACUGGGACAGACUUUCACCGUGACCUGCAGAGUCACAAGUACCUCUGCCAGGAGCAGGAUCUCUGGCAGCUGCCUUGGGAAGGAGCUGUGGCAGAUGGGGUCUUGAUGUACAGGGACCGUACACUCCUUCUCUGCAGAGCACAAUCAUCAUGUCCACAGACUCUUCCAGCAACCAGUUCUUGCAGCUAUGCUCCCUGACACCUGCAGAUACUGCCAUGGAUCACUAUGUUGGUAAUAGUGUUGCGAGGACACAGAGCAGAGCUUGGCUGGGCACAGAUGGAAGGGGAUUCUGCAUGAGCAGCUUUCUUUCUCAGUGGAUAUUGGGGCCAAGCCGUGUAUCAUUCCCUGCUGGAUCCACUGCUCCUGCGGAGGGACCACAGCUGGGGAAUGUAAUUAGUCCCAUCAUUAGCUCACCAUGGGCUGCUUCUAGUGGGGUGGGCCUGCCCCAUCUCAGCCUGCAAUGGGCAGGACUGGUUUAUUACAGAAGAGAAAGUGCUUUGCCUCCUGCAUUCCCAAGGUCCAACCUCCACUUCUACAAAUACAUUCCAGUAUGGGGCAGAGACUGCCAGAUGAGAUGAGGGCAGGUCACAUUUAGGCAGGGACUCAGAGCUGGAAGCACUUUCCAUGGAGUCUUCACUGCAGGACACAGCCCCCUCCCUCCCGGUGCGAGACACAGGCCAACAGAGGGAUCCUUAAACCUGUCCUUGGGAACCCCCACCCUCUCUGCUCAACCCUUCUGGAGGCCACAGACACAGCUCAGGGUAGGCACUGGGGAUGCAGGCCAUGCCCUGGCUAUCAGGAGGCCUAGGUUACACUGAGGCAGGAAUUACGCCCGACAGAGUGCUUCUCUCUGCUGAGACUCUCCUGCUCAGGGAGAGCAACAGCAGACACAACAGGCCAGGAGGCUCCUCCUGGCUCCCAGGAUAGUGCUGUGCCCUCAACCCCUUUGCCUCCUUGCCUUGAGACACCCACACCCUAUCAGGGCACAUGUACAGACCAAGGUUCCCUCUAAGGUGCACGCAUGCAUGGCCACGCACAACUAAAAGUUGUGCCCCCUUUGAUAAGUGUCCCACGCUGGACCGAGGCAGCACGCUCACGGACCGAGGCAGUGCGCUCAUGGACCGAGGCUGCGUGCUCACAGACUGCUACUCCUUAGAGGGAGCAUUGGUACAGAUCUGAGCCCAACAACCAGGGUGGGGAGGAGACACCCUUCCUAUAGGGACAUCACCCCUGCAGAGUGCUCCCAACCUGACCCCCGCCACCUCUUACCCUCCACGGUAAUCCCUGCUUGGGGGCUACUAGGUAAAUGCAGACCCUGGGUUCUGGAGCCUCAGUCCAUGCCCAGCCUCUGCCCUGGCCCCUCCUGCCUGCUGGGGACUCUCCCCCACCCCAUUGACACAGGAAUGCAGCCCUCCUUCAUUUCUUCUCUCUUCUCUUGUCUGCCCCUACCUGCAGUUUCAAAUAAAGUAUCCGGUUAUAUCUUUCAGUCAGUCAGAUAAAAUAAACUAAGUCUUAUACUUAUAAAAGGAAUGUAGGGAGUGCUUACCGCUGAGAAGACAUUACUUGUCCAGGCUAGGGAACACUGAGACCCGUUAAGUGAGAUUUUUUAAUUAGGAUCUCUUACCUCUGAGUUUUGGCGCCACGGGUGUCAGUUGUGUCCCCAGACUGUUCAAGCUCCCAACUCGGUUGGCCUUCCAGACUGCGUCCCCACUUUGUCGACCCAUGUUCAUUGUGGCAUCAAUGAUGACUCCAAGAUCCUUUUAAGGGAGACAUAUCUUGUUGAUCAUUUUAGGAACAGGAUGCCCAAAGAAAAGGAUCACCCAGAGGCACCCCUUGGAAAUGGCCAGUUCUUAGCUUUUCAGGCAAAAAAGGAGUGAAAGGUAAGAACUGGCCAUUUCCAAGGGCUGCCUUAACUCUGAAAAUGUUGAGAACCACUGCUCUACAGGUUGAACCAAAGCACUUUGGACUUUACUCUGUGAACCUUCACUGCCUGAACUAAACCCCCCUGUUGUGUAACAGAUAGAAAAGGUCAAAAUAUUUUCAUCAAAGCACAGGUUUUCAUCAGAAAAAAAAAAAGUUGUUCCAAUGGCCUGGAAUAGUGUGCUAAAUAGUAUUGAUUUUGAAGAAAAUCCUCGUGGGGGAAAAAUUCCUAAGAAAAAAAAUUCUGUUUCAUUUUGUCAAAUUCUGACUUUUGGCUUUAGAAUUGUGUUCAUUUGUUUCAGGUUAUCUUAGUCGUUUAGAUUUAUAUUUAUUACUGAUAUUGUAUCAAUGCUAGUGCAAUUUUAAUUUCAGAAGCAUUGAUGUCAGCUGCUAUUUUUGUACCUAUUGAAACAUUUUGAAACAUUUUGAUUUACAAAACAAGACAAUAACUGACCCUGUUACAAUGAAAUAGCUUGAUCUGGAUCUUAGUGCUGUGCGGUUAGAACAAUCAACACAAACCUAUGUAGAUUAACCAGUACCUGCACCAAGAUCCUGUCUUCCUUAUCAAAGCUAAAUUAAACCAUGCAGAAAUGGCAAGGGUUCCACUUUAGAAGAUUCAAACACCAAACUAGGGAAACUGGGACAGUUUCCUGAUCUUACCCUGUUAAUAAAAAGAACCAGUUUUUCUCUAGUGAGUUGAACUGUUUCAGUUGAGGUGCCCAACUUGCGACCUCUUCAAGAAGCCAUGAACCUGCUGGGAUCUUAGCAACUAACUGCCCAG